CUUAGCAAGAAUGGCUGCAUCUGCCAGCGAGAUCGAAGACUUCCUAAGCGGACCUCUUAUUUCGUGGUUCAAAUCAUGUCUUGCGCAGCCAGAAAGUAUCAAGAACUACUCAUCCCUGUUCGAUGGAGAUAUCUUACACCAUAUCUACCUCCAGAUUGAUCCAGAACCAUCCUUUCACAUUACAAAAUUAACUGGACUAGAGGACCAAGCAUUAAUUUUGGGGAGAGUAAAAAACUUUGAUGCUAUUGUUAAAAAUGUAAAAGCAUUAUAUGAUGAAGAAUUAGGAAUGACACUUCUGGUGGUGCCAGAAUGCAUUUGCUUAGGAAAGGCACCAGAAUCUCGUGAAGGAUUGGAAAAUAUGAAGCUUCUAGCUUUGUUAUUACUUGGUGCAGCUGUUCAGUGUCCCAACAAAGAACUUUUCAUCACAAGAAUAAAAGAACUGGAUGUGGAUUUGCAACACAAUAUUGUAGAAUGUAUAAAACAGGUUACAGACAUGCAGACAGUUGUUUUGACACCAGAUGCAAUAGAUCUAUUCCAAUCACCCACUAUGUUUAAUCACAUGAGAAGGUUAGCCAAAGAAAGGGACCACUAUUUACUAAACUGGGCAUCUUUAGUCCUUAGUGAAGGUUUGUGUGAAAAUGAAACUGAAAACAAAAAUGGUAAAAGUAGGUCAACACAAAAUGUAAAUCAGAAUAAUGGUGAGAGUCAACAUUUAGCUGUAGAAUUAGCUGAUUGGAAAGCGAGGCUGAGAAAACAAAGACAAGAAUUGGAAGAAAAAUCAGAGCAGCUCUCAGAAUGUCGAGAAGAACUAGAACAUACCAAACUUGUUUUGGCAAAAUUACGAGCAGAUAGUCAAGAGUGGUUUAAUGAAGCUAGAAAAGCAGCUGGAUAUAGAGAUGAAGUUGAUGCACUUAGAGAAAAAGCUGAGAGAUGUGACAGGUUAGAACAAGAAAUACAGCGGUAUCGCGAUCGUUUAGCUGAUGCCGAAUAUUAUAAAACUCGAGUAGCAGAGUUGCGCGAAGAUAACAAAGCCCUUAUGGAAACUAGAGAUGCUUUGGAAGAACAAUUACAAAGAGCUCGUAAGAGAGCUGAACAAUGCUUAGCACUAGAAGCAGCUAUGAUCAAAUUAAAAAGAGAGGCUAAUGAUAUUGCGUUGGAGAGAGAUGCUGACCAGCAAAAGAUUCAGGAACUGAUUGAAGAAAAUAAUCACUUACAAUACAUAACUAGAUCAGUUUUAAGCGAAAGUAAUAAUAGUAAUUUAGAUACAGAUAACGAAGGUGAAAAUACAUUAGAGUCAGGUGAAAAUAGUUUAUCAGAACAAUUGACCAGUAAUGCACAAGCGCGGGCCUUAAAACUUGAAUUAGAAAAUAAGCGACUUCUGUCUACCAUAGAUAACCUAAGAGAACAAUCUUUGUUGGAAAGCAGUGACAAAGUACUAGAGCAAGAAAAAGAAAAAAAAAGACUGACACUUAAAUGUGAACAAUUACAAGAAAAUUGUAACAGACUUAAGCAACAAAACUCUGAACUGGAAGAAGUAUUUAAGAAUGCUUUAGAAGAAAAUCGCAAGUUACAAGACUCAUUAGAUAAGCAAAAAUCUUUUAUGGAUAGACAGGCCAUUGACAGAGAUUCUGAAAAAAAUAAAUUACAAGACUUCGAAAGGCAUCUAGAAUCUUUAACUAAAGAUAAACAAAGAAUUCAAAUGUUAUGUGAUUCUAUACAAAGGCGAGCAGAUGACCUUGAGAAAACUUUAGAUUCAAGGACUAAAGAACUGAAUAUAACUAAGCCUGAGGCUGAAAAAGUAACGCGGCUGAUCAUUCAAACAGAAGAAUUAAAGACAAAACUAACUUAUAGCGAGAAAGAGUCACAUAAUUUACAGAGAGAAGUGAAUAAAUUAAGAGAAGCAAUUGAAGAGAAAGCUGUCACACUUGAUACGAUUACUACGGAAAUUGAACUUAAAAAUAAAGAAAUCGAAAGGUUAGCUAGGCAAUUUGAUAUAAAUCAGACAUUAAGUAAUAAGCUUCAAGACUUAGAACAAAAAACACAAGAGCUUAAAUCGCAUAAAAAAGUCGAUACUGAAACAAUACAAACUCUUCAAAAAGACUUAAUAUUAGAGAAAGUCAACUUUGACAAGCUGAGAAACUGUAUGGAGAAAUUGGGAGUAAAUACUUCAGACAUCAUUGCUAAAGACGUAAAUGUGGAGGAAUUACUAGAAAAAGUCAUAACAAAUUUAGACCAUGAGACAUUAAUAUCUGAAAUAGCUGCAAAAGCAAAUGUCUUUAAACUGGUUCCAUGUAACUGCAGUAAUACAGAAAAACCAGUCGAUGAGAAUAUUAUAAAUCCGCAAAUAGAACAAUUAUCAUCUGAUUUAGCAGCAUUACAGAUUUCAUUGGAAAACUGCCAAGCUGAAAAUGCCAAACUCCAAGUAAAUGUAGCUACAUUAAAUUCGCAAAAUGGGUCUCUUAUUUCUCAGCAAAUGACUCUACAACUUGCAAAUAGUCAACUAGCUGCGGAAAAGGAUGAAAUACUAAAACAAUUGGAAGUCUUAAAAGAUAAACAAGAUAAUCUGUUGCGCGAUCAAGUAGCUUUGCAAACUCUUCACGAGCAACUGAACACAGAAUAUGAAAUGUUACUCAGUGAAAAAGAGCCAGUAAAAGCAGCCAUUCGAGACCUAAAAACUGAAAAUAGGGAAUUAAAAGAAAAAAUUGUCACAUACGAGAAGAAGGUUGCAGAAUUUGAACUAGAGCGAGAAAACCUAAAAAUAGAAUCAAGAAAUUUAACUAAUCUCAGAGCUGAACAUUCCAAACUAAAGGAAGACUUUAGAAACUUGUUUACUGCCAGUGACCGUCUGAAAAACGAGUACAGAAAUAUGCAAGAGGAAUAUAGAAAUAUAAGGAGUGAAGUAGCUCAAUUAAAGUUAAGAAAUACAGAGAUGUCAGGUGAAAUGAAUACAAAGUCCGAAGUUAUCACAAGUAUGGAAUUAGAAAUAAGCAAAACAAAUCAACACUGUGAUAUGUUAAUUCAAAUGAACAAAAGUUUAGAUGCCGAUAGAAGAUCUUUGAUGGAUCACGUUUCUCAACUUCUCACGCAGUAUCACGAGUUAUUAGCACACUCUUUAAAAGAUAAACAGCACUAUCACGAAGAGGAAAAGAUGUUUGCCGACAGGGUCAAUGCUUUGUGUCGACAAAAAGAAAAAUUAGAAGAGAAAAUUAUGGAACAUUAUAAAAAAUUGGACAACUGCACUCCCAAAAGACGAGGAUUUGGCGCCUCAUUCGUAAAACGAGUUCGGAAAGCUGGCACUGACUUAAUUAAUAAAGUUCCGUCGAGAAGUAAUAAAAGAAUAGAGGACGCGAGUCGGUCGAAAUCCCAACUAACGCUUGCUGGUUCAGAGUCUGGCGAAUCGGACCCAGGUAGCCAAGAUCUUGAGAAACUGUCCAAAAUUUCUGACCCAGACCAAGGCUCUUCUAACCCUAGCGUUGAGUCACCGAAACACAGUUCCGAAUCAAGUUUUACAAGGCGAUUUGAUGACAGUCUUUAUAAGAAAUCUGAAAAUAUGGAUAUGUCAGCAUCAAUACAUAGCUUAGAUCCUGUAAGAAUGCCAAGCGAAAGUAAUUUCGUUAGAAGACUGUCUUCCGCGUCCAUUCACAGUGGAGGAGGUGAUGAUGCUCUAAUAAGAGCCUCUUUACGGAGAAGGCCGCACAAAGCUGUUCCACCUUCACAUCGAAAUAGUUAUCAAGGAUUAGAGGGAGAAUCUAGUUUGCCUGCUGCAUCAACACCAUCCCCUGUAUUUGGUGCAGCCGGAACUCGUCGAACGGUUUAUUUGACUGAUGACAAUCCCGAAGUCAACCUCAAUAGUAAGCCGCAAAGCACUCCUGUUAAAGAAAACCCCACUUACUUGGUUUACAACAGAAUAUCAACCGUAAUCGGCGAAGGGGCGUGUAAGAGCAGCAGCGAUAGAUCGGUGAACGAACACCAAAGAACACAGGACCAAACGCGCUCUAUGGAAGAUAACGAAGAUGAGAGAGAUGAUGCUCGUGGGACGCCGAGUCGCAACGAUAAACCCGAGAAUUCUAAAGAAACAGCUAUAUGGUAUGAGUAUGGGUGUGUAUGAAAUUUUUACUAUUGUAAAAAUAUGUUUUUGCUGUGCAUUAGCUAGUAUAGACUGAUGGGAUGCCUUGAAUUUCAAAAUGAAAUUGGAAAUGUGUGAUUAUAUCUGUUUGAUAUCUAUAUUAUAAUGAUAAUAAUAUUUAAAAUAUGUCGUGAUUUCGUGGAACAGUAUUAUUCGGCAUUUAUUAUUAAAGUUCAGUUAUAGCUGCAAUCGUUUUUAUUGUGAAAGUAAUGCUGACGUUAUUGUUGAUGAAGCGGUUUUUUAUGUAUCUCUUUUUCUGAGGCUAGACUUGUUACCCUGUGUAAAGAUUCGUGUUAGGUGGGCAAAUUGUGUUGUAUGAACACGAUUGUAUAAACUGUUAUUGCUGAGCAUAGAGCAAGUAUUUUGUGCGGUAUGUAGAUACUACAUAAAAAUUUGAAAGUUGGUGUGUAUGUAUUAAAUAGUUAUUGACUAAGAAGACAAUGGUGCCACAUCCGUUGUACACAAAACUCUUAAUUAAAUUGACAAGCCUAAAUAUAAAUAUGGUGCUACCCUUUUCCACAGAGAACAUAAUAAACUAGGCACUAUUCUUGGACUUGUCAGUUUAGUUUAGCGAUUUGUUUACAACUGAAAUGGCACUAAUCUCCAUUUAAUGUGGAAGAUUGUGCACGUGAGUCAAUAUUAUUUAUAGCAAGCGGCUAUUUCUGCUGUUUGGUUUAUUAUUCCGCUUUUUUAAUAAAAUCAUUCUCUCUAUACUCUGACAAUUGAAGUAAUUUACUAAAGGUAAACAAUUGACAUGUUAUAUAUCCGAUGUAUUUAAUAUUUACUUUUAUAACUACUUUUAGAGAAUUUUCUAAAGCAUCUGUCACUGGACGACCGCUAGAUUUGAAACAUCAAGACACAAGUGAGUUUGAGAGUAGUGGCGUUGUGGCCCGACGGCGUAAGAGAACGUCAUGUCGUUUACCGGGAUGGCAUACAUACAUUUCACGCUAUUUUUGACCUUACAAACUCGUCUGUCAUUUUUAUUUUCAUAAAACUUCUUUUAAUUUGGUCUUUACCUGGUCCAUUUUUUUUUAAUUUGUCAUUUGUGGGUAUUCAAUUAAUAAAUAAUCCGUCAUAGUAUAGAGAUAAUUGAGAUAAAAGUUAAUCGCAGACUGCUGCAAUGUCGGACAUACCAAGGUCUUCCGCUUUUUUCUGGUUUAUCUGAUGCUUGUAUUUUCAGUACGUACCAAAAAUGCGUUGCGUGCAACACUCACGACAGUCUACGAGCAACUUAUACAACUAUUUCGCAAUUAUAAGUUUUUUUAAGCACGCUGUAUCGUACAAAUGUAGAGUCAUAAUGUAAUAGUCACGUGUUUGGGAGAGCCUUUAUUGAUAUAAUAAAGGAUAACAGUUUUUUUAUCAGCUUUGUUUUGAUUAACAGUUCAGGAAUACAUUUGUUUGUAAACGGCUUCAAAGUCUUUGUUGUCAAACCUUCAGGGUAGACAAUUGAGGUAUAUUGAAAGCACUGGCUACCUACGAAUACAGUAGUAAUACUUUAAUAGAACAAUUUACCUACAAUAGAUAACUGCGAUUUUACACCUGCUUACAGCUUUCCGUGGCAAUAAGGACUAGUUCCGAGUGGCUUUACUAACAACUGUAUUUGAAAAACUUAGUAUACUGUAUAAAAUACAUGAGUAGUAAAUAAUUAAAAUUUUAGCUUAUAAAGCUCUGGCUAAAGUUAGGGCCUAGCCUUCGAAACCAAACUCUGCGCACUUAUUCAUAAAUAUUUAAGCAUAUCACUGAUGUAUUUAAAGUGACUAUCGUGUGCCUGUUAUAUAUUAAAUAUAAUAUCAAGAUAUUACGUUAAAAUUGCCUUGCCAGUGGUCUGUGACAGUAAAGAAUAAAUAAUAAUCAUAUUAGCAAUCUUUUAAUGAAUUCGACAAUUUUGUUUGUGAUUUUAUACUGAGAUUUUUUUUUAAUAUAAGUAAUUGAAAUUCGAUUUUAUGUUAAGGACAACAAAUAUAACGUUAAUUUAAGUUAAGUACAAGUACAUAAUAAUCUAAUUUUGUUGUGUAUAGGUACUAUUUCUUUACUGAUAUUAUUUUAAGUUUAUAUAUGUGUGACAAUAGUAGUAAUAAUAAUUAUUAUUAUACAACUAUUAUGUAACCCCAGUGUACCUUUAUUUAGUUAAUUAGAUAGUUAAAAUAAUUCUACAGUGCACUAAUGGUAUCCGUUUCUUUACUUAAUAAUUCCAUAUCAAUAAAACAAAUAAUGCAUUUAAUAUUUAACUCUUUUAGCAGUUUAAAGGAGAGACUUAAAUCACAAUUUUAUGUCGAUAUUCUUUAAUCCAAGUUCUCAAAUGGUAAUUUAAUAUUAUUUAAGUAUUUUCAUCAUAAUAUGA